AUGGUUGAAGGAAUUUCAGCAGGAGAGAAUAUUCUUAAAAUAAUGAGUGUGUUGAAUGAGCUUGAAAUUCUUGGUGCGGUUAUUGAUAAGGAAUGUCAAGUUAAGAUGGUCCUACAGACUCUGUCAGAUAGUUUUCAGCAGUUUUGCUUGAGUAACAACAUGAAUAAUAUGGACUUGUCUCUUGUGAAACUGUUGAAUGAGCUGCAAGUGGAAGUAUCUAUCAUUAAGCAACAAGUUCCUCCUACGACGUUGAUGGUUAAAAAACCUUCAUCUUCGACAUCUAAGCCAAAAGGAAAAAAUAAAAGAAGAAGAAACCUUGUAAGGUUCUAG